UAGUCUAUUACCGGCGAGACGGCGAUCGACUCACCUACCCCUGCCCCUGCCCGAUCCAUCACAUGCUGGCUGCCCGCGCCAUGGAGGGCUAGCUUUUGCCCGGUCUCGCGACCGACGACGCGCCCGCCCGCUAUAUAACCAGCGUGGUUGUUGUGCGUCUCCGUGAGAGAGCGGGGAGCUAGAGAAGAGGAGUCCGGCGCCACAGUCUACCAGGCGCGACCUGCAGAGAGCGACGAUGAGGAAGCACAGCAUCCAAGUGCCGUCGCCGCGGCCGUACGUCGUCCUCGACGCCGGCGAGGAGCCGGAGCGAGGCUUCGCCGUGCGCGCGCCGCUCCUGCGCCAGCUCACCUACCGUUCGUCUCCGUCGUUCAAACGAUCCAAGAGCGGCCUCGCCUCCCCCUCCUUCUCGGCGUCGCCCUCCUUCUCGGCGUCCCCUUCCUUCUCCUACUUGGCCUCCCCCAGGCCCAGGGUCCUGCCUUCCCCGAGGAUCAAUGAACACGAGACCCUGCUCGCCAUUCCCUCGCCCACGAUCCAAGAGGAGGCCCCGCUACCGCCGCUUCUCGACGACCACAACAGACCCAGCAGCAAGGCGCCAUUCGUAGUGCUAGGGUUCGAGUGCCUGGAGAGCACGGCGUUCAACGGCAUCUCGACGAACCUGGUGGUGUACCUGGAGACGGUGCUGCACGGCAGCAACCUGGCCAGCGCCUCCAGCGUCACCACCUGGAUCGGCACCAGCUACCUGACGCCCAUCUUCGGCGCCGUCGUCGCCGACACCUACUGGGGCAACUACAACACCAUCCUCGUCUCCCUCGCCUUCUACCUGCUCGGCAUGAUCCUCGUCACCUCCUCGGCCUUCCUCCCGGUCGCCGCGGCCGGCGGCGCCGUCGCCGGCGCGACCGGCUUCUUCAGCGCCAAGACGCUGGCGUUCGUGGGGCUCUACCUGGUGGCCAUCGGGAGCGGCGGGGUGCGGUCCUCGCUGCUCCCCUUCGGCGCGGAGCAGUUCGACGAUGCCGUCGUGGCAGACCGGGAGGGCAAGGCGGCCUUCUUCAGCCUCUUCUACCUCUGCGUCGACUUCGGGCCCAUCGUCUCCGGCCUCCUCAUCGUCUACAUCCAGCAGAACGUCAGCUGGGCGCUCGGCUUCGGGAUCGCCACCGCCUGCAUCGCCGCCGCCUACGCCGCAUUCCUGCUCGCCACGCCCAUGUACAAGCGCACCAUGCCCACCGGCUCGCCGCUCAAGAGCCUCUGCCAGGUCGUCGUCGCCGCCUGCAGGAAGGUCAGCCUCUGCCCGCCCUCUGACGCCGGCCUCCUCCACGAGGCCAGCGACAAGGACGACGAGCCCAGGAUCGCGCACACCGCCGAGUUCAGCUUCUUCGACAAGGCGGCCGUCUACUCGGAGCUGGACCUGGCCGACAGGAUCGACGGCGAGCCGGGCUCGUCCUGGAAGCUCUGCACCGUCACGCAGGUCGAGGAGCUCAAGAUCCUGCUCCGGCUCCUGCCCGUCUGGACGACCAGCAUCAUCGUCUCCGUGGCCUACUCCCAGAUGAACACCACCUUCAUCCAGCAGGGCAGCGCCAUGGACAUCAACGUGCUGUCCCUCUCCAUACCGGCGGCGUCGCUGCUCUCCUUUGAGGUGCUCUGCGUGCUCACCUGGGUGCUCCUCUACGGCUGGGUCAUCGUGCCCGCGCUGAGCAGGUUCUCCAUCUCCUCGGGCGGGGAGCCGUCGCAGCUGCAGCGGAUGGGCGCGGGCCGCGUCCUCAUGGCGAUCUCCAUGGCCAUCGCGGCGGUCGUGGAGACGUCCCGCCUCGCCAGCGCGGCGCGCGGCGAGCAGAUGAGCAUCGCGUGGCAGCUGCCGCAGUACUUCUUCCUCGCCGGCGGGGAGGUCUUCUGCUACAUCGCGCAGCUGGAGUUCUUCUACAACGAGGCGCCGGACACCAUGAAGAGCAUGUGCACCUCGCUGGCGCUGCUCACCAUCGCGCUCGGCAGCUACCUCAGCUCCUUCAUAUACGCCGUCAUUGAGCUCCUCACGGCGACGGCGGACAGCCCAGGGUGGAUCGCCGACGACCUCAACCAGGGCCACCUCGACUACUUCUUCUGGAUCAUGGCCGCCAUCUCCAUGAUCAACUUCUUCGUGUACAGCGCCUUUGCCAGGAACUACAAGCUCAAGACGGUCCUCUCGUGAUCUCUCUGUUUGUUUGCUCUGCUUUUUGGUCCUUGAUAUACUUGAGUAUUUUAUUACACACACCGCACAAUGGCGAGUAUCCAAGCAUCAUGUACAUAUACAGGAAACAUAUAUAAGCUCAAGGGCAUUUUCAGGA